UCCACACACUGAAGUCAAAGGCCGCUCGAAAACCGCUCGAAUGGGUUGGCGGAGAGGAUUAAACCGAAACAAAAAUAUCGUCUUUUGAUGGUUUACGUUUAACCAAGCAAGCCUGCUGUUAUACAGAUGGACUGUUAAAGGUUUGUAGUUUGUGAUAAAGAUGAAAUAGCUACGCUGUAAACGAAUUCUCGUGGAUAUUUUAGUCUUUUUUUUUUUCUUUGGACGCCUAUCUGUUGGUCUACACGGUUUUAAGAAGCUAAAGCUAGCCUCGACUCUCGUGAGCUGCUCUUUAGCUGCGAUGGUUGCGAUUUUAUGCGGAUGUCUCCGGAGCAGUAUGUGCUGAACCGACGGCAACAAAUGGGAACAUCCAGCAUCGGCCGAAAACACCGCGGCAUAGACUAAACGUUAAAGAUUCAGAUAAUUAUUUGAAUUUGUGGGAUUCAGACAGAGGAUUCUGUGGACUCUGCAGCAGCAGGUGUUUUUCUAGUUGGAUUGUAGCCCACUGACAUUCUCCCACAGCCAUGGAAUCGACGGUUGAUGACGAUGCAAUGGCAGCGUGAAUGAAGCUUGGCGUGGGGAGAGCUGAACGAUGCCCAAAGGUGGGGGUUCUAAAACCCCCCAGCUGGACCACUUCCCACUCAACACCGACAUGGUGGAAAAGCAGGGUGGGAAAAAGGAUAAAGUGUUGUCAAACAAAACUCCUAAAUUGGAUCGCAAUGAUGGGGUUAAAGAGAUGAAAGAAAAGGCCCCUAAAAGGAAGCUGCCGUUCACUGCUGGAGCUAAUGGAGACCAGAAAGAUUCUGACUCAGAGAAACCAGGUCCAGAGCGGAAGCGCAUUAAAAAGGAGCCCACCAACACCCGGAAGGCGGGCUUGCCGUUUGGAAUGGGGAUGCCAGGGAUCCGGGCCGGGUACCCCCUCUCUGAGCGGCAGCAGGUGGCCUUGCUCAUGCAAAUGACAGCUGAGGAGUCCGUCAAUAGUCCAGACACAACACCAAAGCAUCAGUCACAGUCCAGUCUGGGUCAGAAGGGAACGCCAAACUCUGCAUCUAAAACCAAAGACAAAGUGAAUAAACGGAAUGAGAGAGGAGAGACUCGACUGCACAGAGCAGCAAUCCGUGGAGAGGUACGCCGCAUCAAGGAGCUCAUCAGUGAGGGAGCUGAUGUGAAUGUAAAAGACUUUGCAGGCUGGACUGCAUUGCAUGAGGCGUGCAACAGGGGGUAUUAUGAUGUGGCCAAGCAGCUGCUGGCAGCCGGAGCAGAGGUCAACACCAAGGGUCUGGAUGAUGACACCCCUCUACAUGAUGCAUCCAACAACGGACAUUUCAAGGUGGUUAAGCUACUUUUACGGUAUGGAGGGGACCCACGUCAAAGCAACAGGAGAGGUGAAACACCACUCAAGGUCGCCAACUCGCCAACUAUGCUGAAUCUGUUGCUGGGAAAAGGCACUUACACCUCAAGUGAAGAAAGUUCAUCGGAAUCUUCAGAGGAGGAAGAUGCCCCCUCAUUUGCCCCAUCCAGCUCUGUCGAUGGCAAUAACACAGACUCAGAGUUUGAGAAGGGCCUGAAGUUAAAAGGGAAAACUGCAGACCCUCCUAAAUCUGCCGUCACACCUGUCAAAGAUGAAUACGAAUUUGAUGAGGACGAUGAGGAGGAACGUGUCCCUCCUGUGGACGAUAAACACCUCUUGAAAAAAGACUUCCGCAAGGACUCAAUUAGCAAGACCAACAGCUUCAUCUCUAUACCCAAGAUGGAGGUUAAAACCUAUUCCAAAAGCAACUCGCUCACACCAAAGAAAACUGUCAGGCGGAUUAUCUCUGACAGUAACAGUUCAGACGAGGAUGAUAGGACGUUGUGUUUCACACCAGCGCCUACGCCACGGCAGCAAGCCCAGCAAACAAAUACCAAGACUAGAGACUCUGGCAGUAUGAGCUCUAAACAACAAAAAGACAAGAAUAAAGUCAAAAAGAAGCGAAAGAAGGAGAGUAAAAAUAAUGUCAGUAAAGAAGUCAGGUUUGGGAAAGUCAAUGACAAAUUCUGUACAUCUGACUCUGAUUGUGGAGAUGUUGAGAGUGAGGACGAUAAGGGCUCAAAUAGUAUAAAGGACUCUUCUGCAACGAAUCUGAAAGAAUCCCCUGGCUUUAAUGCAUCCUCCUCCUCUUCCCAUGGAAACUUGAACUCUCAGAAACAGGCACCAUCAUUAGCAGAACAGCAUCCUAAGCAGUGGAGGACAGAUGGCUGGAAGACUGUGUCAUCUCCUACAUGGUCAGAUGUCAGUUCUCUCUCAGAUUCAGUCAGAACAAGACUGUCCAGUGAGUCUGACUACUCCUCUGCUGAUUCCAGUGUCGAGUCAAUAAAACAGGUUAAGAGGAAAGCGCAGGAAAACAAGAAGAAAAACAACAACGUGCACAGUAAUACUAUAGACAAGAAAAAUUCUGAGCUCUACAAGAACUCCACUACAGAAAGUGCAGUCUCCAAAACCGAUGUAGAUGGCAAAGUGUUGAAAAAGCAUAAAGUGAAGCACAAGCACAAAAAUAGGGAAAAGGAUAAAGCUCCUAGCCUAGUCCUUAAUCAGGAUAUGAAUGAGAAAUUUGUCAAGAGCUAUUCCUUUGAUUUUGACGAUUCAAGGCAGAAGUCCCUAAUUGUUGAGUCAGAAUCGCCAGCUGAGAGCAAGGUCAAGUUAUCCAAACACGAAAAAGACCAUUCGAAAAAGGACGAUAGGCUUUCGAAAACCAAGUCUGAGGAUAAGGACUGGUCGUCUGGAAAAGACCUGCAUAGAACAGCAAAAGAAGAGAAAAACAAGAAAACUAAGGACUCCACCAAGGACAAGACAAAUAAGGAGGAGAGGGAAAAGCCUGUGAAAUCUGACAAGGAUCGAAAUGUCAAAGAAAAGGAGAAACCCAAGGAGGAUAAACAAAAGGCUCACAAAGAGGAGAAAAAGAAAAAGUCCAAGGAGAAGUCCUCCUCAAAGGCAGACAGGAAAAGUGAGCAGAAGGAGGAAAAGCAUUUAAAGGUGGACAAGGAGAAAAACACCAAGGAGGAGAAGGAGAAAUGUAAGAAAGACAAAGCACCAAAGGAAGAAUGUGAGUAUGAAGACUAUGACAUUAACAACCGUUUCCUCAAUCUGGAGGACACAAAGCUCAGUGCCUCAGAUGACCAUCAUGACAGAUGGGGCUCAGAGAUGUCUUCUGACUCUUCCCUCUAUGGAGAUGACAGCUGGGACGCUCCUGUCAAAGAGUACAAGGAAUACAAAGCCAACAACGCUGUUAAACUUAUUGUUGAGACUGUUAAGGAGGAGACGAGGAGGAAAGAAAACAAAGUCAAGGACAAGAAAUCAGAUCACAGUGAUAAAAGAUCAGAGAAGGAAGCCACUUCUAAAAAGAAAGACAAAGACUCCUCGGAAAAGACAAAUGAAAAGAAAAAAGACUGGUCCGAAAAACAAAAACUAAACUCCAGCCACUCGGUUGAGAAAGAAAAGAAGCGGAAGGAGUCCACAGAGACAGUCAAAGACAAAAAAGACAAGGAUUCUCUGGACAGCUGCAGAGACCGUAAAGACUCAUAUGACUUCAUGAAGGAAAGAAAGGACAUAAAAAUCAAGCAGGAGGUUAUAAGAGAUGAAUAUGGCAAUGAUACUUUCUUCAAAGACAUUGAUGCUGUCGGUAAAUCAUGUGACAUCAGAGAAAGAAACCACUCUGGAAAGGAGAAAGAAAAGAAGGGUGAGGGAAUAGAUAAGCGAGACAAGAUGAAAGCUGACAAGCACAAGGAGAAAACGAAAGACAGAGGAGCUGAUCAGGAGAAGGACAAGAGCGAGAAAAGCUCCACAGAAAAAACUGUCAAGGAAAAGGAUGCAGACCGAGGCACCAAAGACAAGAAGGAGGGAGCCAAAGACAAACACAAAGACUCUCAUGGCAAAGACAAAGAUCGAAAGAUGUCUUCAGAACAGACAAAGGACAAAAAAGAAAAGGCCUCUCAAGACAAGCAUACUGACAGGGAGAAGGAUUUCUUGGAGGUAAAGAAAGAAGAAAGAAAACCAGAGAAAAUCCGUGAGAAAACGUGGUACAACAUAGCUGACAUAUUCACUGACGAAAGCGAUGAUGAUGAAGACAGCUAUAACAGUAGUGUACUUGUGUCAGAUUCCAUCAGAAAAGAUUCAACACCUGAUCAGGAUGAGCUGGAUCACUUCCCAUCAGAAAAAAAUAGAAAAUCAUCAGCAGAGGCUAAACACAACACAGAAAAGGCAAAAGACAAAGAACACAAAGAAAAGAAGAAAGAUAAAGCCACAUUUGACACAGGCAAAGAGAGGAAAGGCUCCCUUGAGAAACACAACAAAGACAAGAAAGAUUCUGUGGAUGCAAAACAUAAGGAGAGAAAAGACAGGAUGUCAGUGGACUCAAACCAGGAAAAGAAAAAUAAGCAGAAGCUGUUGGACAAAAGGGACACAAGUGAGGAAAAGACAAAGAGCAAAUAUAAAGACAAGCAGGACCAUUCUAAGGAAAGGAAGCCCUCAAAAGGCAGUGGUGAGAGUGAAAAGUCCCUCUUAGAAAAACUGGAAGAGGAGGCUAUGAAUGACUACAAGGAUGACUCCAAUGACAAGAACAGUGAAAUCUCCUCAGAUAGUUUCACUGACAGAGGUCAUGAGCCAGUCCUCACGAGUUACUAUGACACCAUCAGCCUGACUGAUAUGUCUGAGGACAGGAGAGACUCCCUGUCCGUAUCUACACCGCAGGAGAAGUUCAGGGAGAAAGAGAGGCAUCGACAUUCGUCUUCAUCUUCAUCCAAGAAAAGCCAUGAUAAGGACAAAGAAAAGGUCAAGAAGGACAAAGGAGACAAACGUGACAAAACUGAGGAGAUCAGAGAGUCCUACAGCCGCAGAGAGAGUCUACCCUUUGAGAAAGAGCCAAUGCCUCUCGAAGCAGACCCUUACACAUUCCCAUAUGGUGGUAAGGGAGACGGCGAAGAUGACUUAGACAAAACAUUGGAGUUUGAAAAAGAGAUGUCCAAAAAGGACAAAGACAAAUCAACUGGUGUCAUCAGUGACAGGAUGAAGGACAAAAAGAAAAAGGAGAAACAUAAGGAAAAAGUUAAGGAGGAGAAGAACAAAUACGCUGAUGGCUUUGGGUUAUUUAAACACUCCAAAGAGGAUGUAAAGUCAGGGUUAAAAGAUAGCCCACAGGUUACUGUUCUGAAGGACAGGUCAAAAGAAGAAAGCCCAAAAUUUGAUGUGAAAAAAGAGAGAAAUCGGGAUACAUUGGACAAAGACAACAGAAUGGACCACAGUAAAUCUAAAGUAAAGGAUGAAAACGAAAAGCUCACUCAGUCCAAAGACACAAUGCGGAAAGAUAGCCGUCCACGCGAAAAACUGUUGGUGGAUGGUGAUUAUCAAAUGACAAGUUUUGGUCAGAUGUUGAGUCUAAAAGACCAGGAAAUUGAAGAGCGCCACAAGAGACAUAAAGAGAGGAUGAAGCAGAUGGAGAAGCUGAGACCCAAGUCAGGGGACCCUAAACUCAAAGACAAAACCAAGUCUACAGAGGAAGUACGGAAAAGCCGCAGUGAGCUAUCAUCAAAGAAAUCCAACAGCCUGGAGUCUGGUCUUAAAGAAAAAAAGCUAAAGGAUGUGGGACUCCCAGCUCAAAUGAUGUCUCCGAGCAGGAAGUUCCAGCCUACCGACAGUCAGAGCUCAAAGGACUGGCUGGCUGGUCACCAAAUGAAGGAGAACCUCCCUGCUUCUCCCAGGCCAGAUCAGAACAGGCCAACUGGUGUCCCCACACCGACCUCUGUCAUCUCUUGCCCAAGCUUUGAGGAAGUAAUGCAGACUCCACGUACACCCUCUUGUAGUGCAGAGGAUUAUCCUGACAUUAUGCUGGAUGGCCUGGACUGCCAAAACUCAUCAGCUAUGACUAUGUCAAUGAAUGCCUGCUCCCCAUCGUUCUUUGAAAGCAGGUACUCUAACUCCCAGAGUUUCCAGGAGGGCACUUGUCCUACCCCUGCGAAGAACCUCCAGCUGCCACUUGUCAGCCGUUCUGCAUCCUCUGACAUCCGCAGGCCUUUGGAGGACGAGUUCAAGACUGAGGCUGACAAGUUUCUUCGACAGCAGAGUGAUCCAGUGGCUGAAUUUGAUCCAUCAUCUUCUUCCCAACCUCUAGAGGACAAAUCUGCAACUGUGGAUAGGUUGGAGUGCCUAUCACCCUAUUUCUCCCCAAUGAGAAUCUUGUCGCCUCGACGGGAGCCAGCCCAUCCAACACCAGAUGUGGCAGCACCAACUCUUGCUGGCACGGAAGUCAAUGAGCACCUUCCUGAAAGUGUAUACAACAGUUUCUUGCCCAAACCUUCCACACCAGUUCACAGGCCAGAUCCCCAGGAGCCCUGCUUUGACAUCGCUGCACCACCAACUCCAGCUCCUGCUGCUUUGCCACCCCUGGAUAUUGAUGAUAUAUCUGAGCCUCACCACAGUGAGCCUAAUCUAGUCCUCUCAGAUCUACCCUCUGUCACAGAAGAACAGGAGCAGCAGGAGGAGGAGGAUGACGAGGAGGAGGAGGAAGAGGAGGAGGAAGAAUGUGAUGGGGAUGACAGAGCUGAUGGAGACCACUGUGGAGUGGAAGAGCCAGAACAAACAAGAGAGCCAUGUUCCUUCUCCCCUCAAGUUGAGGACCCUCUGAGGAAGAGCUGGCCUGCAGAGUCUCCAGAGCAGCAGGAGCCAGAGGUUCACCAGCUGUCCCCCUCACACUCUGCACCCAACCAUGGAGAGAAUUGUUUUGACCACAGCAUGGGCUGGAACCCUGAUAUGGAUCUCAAAUCGCCACACAGGACAUAUGGUGAGAUCGAGGCUGCCGUCUCCAAAAUAACCAGCCCUUACUCUCAUUCAGACGACAUGCAGCCCUUGUCUGGACACCCAUCCGUCACUCCCCCUUAUGCUACCUGGAAUAGGUGGCACAAAGAGGACCCAGAAGACUUUGAUGAGCAGAAGGAGGCUGUGGCUGACAUCCCCUCUCCGGAGAGGCCUGACACAGCCAUGGAUGGGGAACACAAUUAUCUAAACACCUCAUUAUCCUCCAAUAGGCUAGAGUCUUUCUUCCAGGACAAACCGAACAUAGAGGAUGGACACCAGAUGGACACAGAAUCACAAUGUGUAGAGCCAGACAGCAAACAGAGCACACACAGCUUCAGUGAUGCCACUGAUGGUCCCAUGGCACCUGCUGUGGGCCCUGAGCCCGUGGUGCCCUGGGCAGACCAAUUCUCAGCUGAUGCAGAUGAGCUGGAUGACCUGGGACCGUUCUCCUUGCCUGACCUUCCACUUCCGGACAAGUCAGAAGAAGCCGAGUCUCGAGAACCUGACCUGGCUGACCACAACAAGACUGUGCCGACCCACAUUAGACAUACAAUUACAGAGAGAGAUGACCCAGACAUAAUGGAGGUAGACCUACCAAGCCUGGCAAAGACAUCAUGCCCUGCUAGGGACCAAGGUUUAGGGGAAUCUGCUGGACAAGACUUGGUGGUACCAUCACCACAUGCCACCUUUCAGCAAGAGUUGGACCCUGAUCCUCAAAGUGUGCCCAUCAACAGCACUUUGUCUCUUACCCAACAACAAAGCAGCAUUUUGGAGAGAAAAUUACCUUAUGGAGGACCGGAUGAGUCGGAUCCUAAUAUGUUGUAUUCAUCUGUGAAAUCAGAUGCCAGUCAGCAGCAUCACUUACAGAUCCAUUCCGUCCCUGAGUCGUUGCAGUUACCGCUGGAUUCAGUAUCUGCUGUCAAGUCAGAGGCGAGACAGGAGGAAAUGUCUGAGACUGUCACAGACUCUGUUUCAUGCAGUCCUCUCCCUCAACUCCCAGUGCCAGUCACCCUCUCCAGCACAGUGGAGCUACCAGACACUCAGGAGCCCACAUCCAAGCUAACACCGGUAACCCUAACCACUGUAUCCGCCACUGUAGAUAUAUCCAAGAAGGUAGAUGAAAUCCCUCAAAGGAUGACCCGCUAUCGCGCCAAGAACAAUUCCUCUGCUGCUGCUGUCCCUCCUACCUCCAGUAUAAUUUGUUCGACCGGCACUGCCACCCCAGUGACGACCAGUCCAGCAGUGAGCAUUAACCCAAUUCCUACAAGAACCCCGACACCCACCUCAGCCCCUUCCUUCUCAGCCCUGAAGAAAGACAAAGACUCUGGGCUUACUGUCUCUUCUGUUACGUCUAAUUCAACUCCAGCAGUGUCUUUAUCUGCUUCUAUGACGACCUCUGCGUCAGUGGUCCUCAGUAAGGCAACAAAAGGUCGUCCUAUCCCUGUGGACGAAGAGGAAUCUCAGACCCAGCACCCACGAAAGAGGAAAUUUCCACGUUCUGCUGGGCAGCAAGUCCAAGUCCAGCUGGUAAAUACAGCCAUGCAGCAGACUAGGGAAAUGAUCCAGCAGACUUUAGCUGUAGUAGUCAACGCCAUCAAGCUGGAUGAUAUUGAGCCGUACCACAGUGACCGUUCCAACCCUUACUUUGAGUACCUACAGAUCAGGAAGAAGAUUGAAGAAAAGAGGAAGAUUCUGUGUUACAUCACCCCUCAGGCCCCACAGUGUUAUGCUGAAUAUGUGACCUACACUGGCUCAUACCUGCUAGAUGGCAAACCCCUCAGCAAGCUUCACAUCCCUGUGAUUGCCCCACCUCCAUCGCUGUCAGAACCUCUGAAGGAGCUCUUCAGGCAACAGGAGGCAGUGAGAGGAAAGCUCAGGUUGCAGCACAGCAUAGAACGGGAGAAGCUGAUUGUUUCAUGUGAACAGGAGGUUUUACGGGUCCACUGCAGAGCAGCCCGGACAAUAGCUAAUCAGGCUGUGCCAUUCAGUGCCUGCACCAUGCUGUUGGACUCUGAAGUAUACAACAUGCCAUCGGAGAGCCAGGGUGAUGAGAACAAAUCUGUUAGAGAUCGCUUCAACGCACGUCAGUUCAUUUCCUGGAUCCAGGAUGUAGAUGAUAAAUAUGACCGCAUGAAGACAUGUUUGUUGAUGCGGCAGCAACACGAGGCAGCAGCCCUCAACGCAGUGCAAAGGAUGGAGUGGCAGUUGAAGGUCCAGGAGCUGGAUCCAGCAGGACACAAGUCCCUCUGCGUCAAUGAAGUCCCGUCCUUCUACGUGCCAAUGGUCGAUGUCAACGAUGACUUUGUCCUGCUGCCUGCGUGACACACCUGUGCUCACAGAACGAGAACAAGCUUCAUCUGAAUCACUUCUUCUCAAAGAGACUUCGUUGGACAGAACGAAAGGAAAGGGCUAGCAAGUUCGAAAGAGGACUUUAGACAAGAAAAUUAUAUUCUAUAAAAAAAGAGUAAAGAUGAAAAACUUGCUCUGGAUUCCCUUCCGUGAAGAAGGAAACUUGUUUUUACUGGGGGAAAAGAAAAUACACAACUUGCACUUUCAUCCUCAAAGUUUUUACGCUUUUGUUUGAUCAGAGUGUGAAAAGCAGAAACAGUUUUUGCUGUGGGGCUCUGACAUCGAGACACAACUCCUCAGUGCUCAGUUACAGUGAGACAGGGGACAGAGAUAUAUUUUCUGUGUUCGUUUUUGGUCCCUGCUUCAAUACCCACCACCACCACUAGGAGGACGUAUCAGAGAAGAGCUCGCCCAACAGUGUGGUGCCUGUUCUGAGGGGGACUGAGGAGAAGCCUCCCCUGUCGACGCAGGGCUCUGGGUGGGCUAGGAGUCCAGCGGUGACCCAGAGGAAGGCAACGGAGCCAUGGUAUAUCAUGUGGAUCUUCAGUUGAUUCAAGAAGCGAGGCCAGCCACUGAUGGUUUUAGGGGCUACAAGACCGCAUACCCAGAAGGAUGCCCCCUUUUUCAUACUACACCGGGCAUAGCUAAACAGUAGGGUAACAAAGCCUGCAGCAGGUUGGAAUACAGCAGAGGGGUUACGAUGUGUGUGCACGUCAGGGCCCAGUGUCUGAGAGGAAGAGACUGUCCCUGCAGCCUCUCAGCCUGGCUAAACAAAAGAGGACAGACAUGGAUCUCUGAGGACAGACCGGAGUGUUCCUCAGCGAGCAUGUUUGCUCCAACAACAACACAUCAGACCACCAUGGACUGCAAAAACACCACAGGACAACCAGAAGAAACAAACAUAACGAAUGUUGAGAUUCAAAGAGACUAUUGAGAAAAAAUGUUGUUUGGCAGGAGGAGAGAAAUAUUGUUUUUGUGUAUUUCUUUACUUGGGCAUUUCAUUGUUUCUGAGGAAGUGACUUGAAACACUACAGAGCCAAUAUUAGUUUAAUGGAAAAAAACAAAACAAAAGAAAACUGAAAAAAAGUUGUAUUCCGUAAAUUAUGUACAGUUUUUAUAUUCGUUAACCAAUGUAUUCUUGCUGCCUUCUAGAUAAUUUAUUUUGCCACACAUUACUGCACAGUUGUAAAUAACUUAUGUACUGUAAUAUCACUCAGUUAAGUGUAAAGGAAAAAAAAACAUAAAAGAAAUAAAAAUUAUCUUUUUAUGUACAGUUCACUUUUGGGCAGCACUUCUCCCCCACCCCCACCCCCACCCCCACCCCCCCAUAUCCAUGGGCCAAAAUGUGUACAUGAUUCUGUCAGUAUUUGAAAGACUCCAGUGCACAUGUUUAUGAUCCCAUCUCUAGAUUCAGUCCGAGUUUAAAGAAACUCACCUGGCCAUGAAGUCACCACAACACAAAUAGCUGACAGAGAACGCUUCUGGAUAAAAGGGCCUCCCACAGGCCAGCCACCAUACAGUCCCUCAAAUGUAGCAGAAUAGUUGUUGAGGAUUUAUUUAAAGAAUAGACAGAUUAUUAUUCAUUACUUUACUACACAAUUAUAUCUGAAAAAUUUUGAACCAAGAAAAUGCCUUUUUCAGUGAAAAAAAUGUACUCAUUGUUGGGCAAAAUCACAUAGAUAUAUAUGGGUGGGAUGCAAGUUAGAGAUGUCAUUCACAAGCAAAACCAUCAUAUUAGUGUAGAAUGGUUUCAAAUUAUUUUUGCUUGUUUUUAAUGUGCAAAAAUUGGAAAUCAUUUCCUAUCAUCGUCUAACACCAACAAGACACGGGUCUUUCAGCACCUUCACUACUUGUCCUGUUCCCCCGGCUUGUCUGAUUUUCACGUUAAGUAGACUGAAAGGUUUCAUUCCGUACUGACUCUUAAUAUUGUUAUGUCCUUUCUGUCUGCCCCUUGUCUAAAAUUGCAGAGCAGCUUAUUUUCUUGGUGCUGUUCCAGCUGUACUCACUGGGUGGCGCCAGUGUGUCAGAAAAGUCAUUUGGCUUAGCAUGAGACCCUAAGGCCUUUCACUUGAAUGGGUGUUUUUAAAUAUAUUUCAAUUUUAUUACAGCCCAGAAGGAGUUUAGGUUCCCUAAUAUGAGCAGUCAGUGAAGUCACAAUAGGCUCAGUAAACAUUUAGCUCCAGUCACAUCAUACUUGUAAUUUUUAUCAAUGUUUCAUCUACAAUGGGCUUGGCUAGCGUUGUCAGGGAUUUUAAAUGUUAGGUUACUUCCUCAUAGUAUUCAGUUGUGUGGUGACAUUUGUUGUUAUCAUGUUCUUGCGUCAGGCCCAAGCAGACAGCUAGACAGUUAACGAAACUUAAAUCUUGUCAGAAUGAACCAAAAAGUGAACAGACAUUUAACACAAACAGUGGAGGGUAAAGAAACAGGUUUGUGCUGAAGAGACUUUUUUUUUUUUUUUUGCUGUUAAAAACCCCAUUGGAAUGUUGAUUUGUGAUGGCUUGUAUUGGUUCUCUAUUUUUAUUGGGUCUUCGUUUUGAAAAGCUUUCCCGACCUACCACACAGGCUGCCUGUCUGUGUGUGAAAGCUGCUCACGUAUCCUGAUGGUAAUAUUAUCUAAAAGUUUUUAAGUUAUUUAUACACUGUCAGUCAGCAUAGCUGUGUAUGGUAUGUCUAGUCGAGUGCAAUGGUUGUUGCUAUUACACUGUGCAGACAAGGUGGCUAGAUGUAUAGUCCUGGAUAUUUUUGAGAGAUACACACACAUCCUGGUUGGUAUACAGACACAUUUGGAUACGAAUAGCAGAAAAUAGGUUUUUAAACCCCUGUUUGUCAUGUUUUCAUUUUUAUUGUUGGUUUCUUACAGUUUUUGGGAAAAGGGUAAAGGGUGUCUUUUGUUCACAAAAUCCUUGUGUGUCUUUUAACUAAGUGUAUGUAAUUUUGAAUGUUGUGGUGUUUAUCUUUUGGGGGGGGGGGGGUUGUUUUUUGUUUUUUGUUUUUUUUGUUUUUUUUUUGUUCGUGUAUAGAGAAUAAACACCAGUGGCAUGUCAAUCACGUUGCUAAUCAAGCAGAAUGUAUACCGUUACUAUGCCCUGACCGACACCCUCUCACUAUUGUUUACAAGACAUCAAGAGUGUUUCCGUUUCACGUGUCACCUUUUUUAGCGGUCUAAGCCCUGCCUUUGUUUGUACUUCUGUAAUUCAUGUAAGUCAUUUGUUUGAAUCACAAAGGCUUGAAAUGGUGAUGGUCGAUGCAACCGACAGGCGAUUUCUCCCCUAGUUCGCGGCAUGCCGCUGCACAGAGCAAUAGACUAAACACAUCCAUGCACGCUGAUCCUUCGGUGCGAACAUCCAACAAACGGAAGGUAAAAUUGAAUACAGACACAAAACACACAUCAGUCCUCAGAUGCACAGUAGAGCACUUGGCCGUGGUGAUACAGAUGCUAGCCUGACACCACCUCAGUCAGCAACAUAUUACCUCUACUCUCCUCACAUUCACGCGUAAUGUUUAUUUUAGAUUUGUUAUUUGUUGUUUUUUCUUACUGGACAUAAAUAUACAUAAUUGCUAUUUUUUUCAUUAUAUAGAAUCACGAUUUCAAGCCUUUUUUCUAGUUUUCUUUUGUUUUGUUUUUUAAUUAAAAACCCAGACUGUAGCUGGUUUUUGUUCCUUUUUUUUUUUUUUUUUUUGAAUGGAAGAUGACUAAUAAAAAAGCAUGGAGAACUACUCAUUAAAUGGUGAGAAAUAACCUAUUUAUUAUCUUUUUGUUUUUUUCUGACACCUGUGGUAUGUUUGAGUUGAAGUUUGUCUCCGCUGUGUAAAUUUUCCUCCUUGUAAUGCGUGAAAGAGACAUACUGUACAUAGCUCUGUAAAUAAAACCUCCCAGGACGUUUUGCACCCUCCUCUUUGUACUAGUCUGAAAAAUUGCGUAGAAUGUGGGGUUCUAACAGCAACGGGCUGUGUGCGCUCGCUGCAGGUGAUUAUGAUGUAACAAUGUAACAUUUUUUUUAUUUGUACAAUGUAGUUUAUUUGUGUACAUAUUGUUGGAGCAGCUAAGGGGGGUGGGGUGGGGUGGGGGCGGUGUAUAUGAGGGUUUUUGUUGAUGCUAUCGUCAGUGCUGUAACAGAAAUCCAGUACUUUCACCUCUAGCUGUUGUUGAUUUCCUGGAAAAAAAAAAAAAAAAGAAAAAGAAAAAAAAAAGAUUAAAAAGGAGAGAAACUGAAAAUGAGUAUGGAUGGGGGGGGAAAAAAGACUAAAACUGAAAAGUAAAAAUUCUAAAUUGUUAUUUUCUACAGUUGCAUGUACAGAGAGCGCGAGAACUGCUGUUGUUCCUCAGAGAUUAUGUUCGUUAAUAAAAUUUUGAAAUAUUA